UAUGAAACUGUAGACUGCCAUGUUUGAAGGAAAACUAUGAAACUGUAGACUUCCAUCUUUGAAGGAAAACUAUGAAACAAUAUACAUUGGGUUGUGCUGUGUGAGGGAAAACCUUCAAACAACAGACCAUCAUACAUUGGAAAAUGCCACCUGUCAUGCCCCGUCUGUUUGAAGGUGUUUCCUUGGAGGGCCCAUCUGCAGAUGCACAUGAGAGUUCACACUGGGGAAAAACCGUUCGAGUGCACCUUUUGUAGGCGGAGGUUUGCUCAGAAGAGCAAUAUGAAGAAACACAUGAUUGUGAUGCAUGUGAAACAUUGCGCUAACUCGUGUCCCAUCUGUUUUAAGAUGUUUCAGCGAAAAGCUCACUUAGUGAUCCACACGAGAAUGCACACUGGGGAAAAACCGUUCAAGUGCACCGUUUGUGGGCGGAGGUUUGCUCAGAAGAGCAAUAUGAAGAAACACAUGAUUGUACAUGUGAACAUGAGGAGUUGAGACGUAUAUGUGAACAUGAGGAGUUAAGAUGUACAUGUGAACAUGAGGAGUAGAUAUGUACAUGUGAACAUGAGGAGUUGAGAUGUACAUAUGAACAUGAGGAGUUUGUGAACAUGAGGAGUUGAGAUGUACAUGUGAACACGAGGAGAUGAGAUGUACAUGUGAAAAUGAGGAGUUGAGAAGUAUAUGUGAACAUGAGGAGUUGAGAUGUACAUGUGAACACAAGGAGAUGAGAUGUGAGGAGUUGAGAUGUACAUGUGAACAUGAGGAGUUGAGAUGUACAUGUGAACAUGAGGAAUUGAGAUGUACAUGUGAACAUGAGGAGUUGAGAUGUACAUGUGAACAUGAAGAGAUGAGAUGUACAUGUGAACAUGAGGAGUUUAGAUGUACAUGUUAACAUGAGGAGUUGAGUUGUACAUGUGAACAUGAGUAGUUGAGAUGUACAUGUGAACAUGUGGAGUUGAAAAAAAGUUGAUUCGAUAGAUUUGUUGUGAUGACAGACUGACUGACUGAAUGGGACAAUUGUCAUGGUUUAAUUACCAUAUUUAGAAAUGACAUUGUUUGACAUGAAAAAAAAAUACACACUAACUUGAAAGGUGCAUAGUUCAUGUUUUUAUAAGCAUCAGUCAGGUUAUAUGUUCAUAAUGAACAUUUAUAUCAUUGAAUGUAUUGUGUAAUGUGCACCGCUCCAGGAAAACAGGGCUAAAUGCAUGAGUGUAAAGUGUAGUCCUAAAAUAGCCUGUGCAGUCUGCAAAUGAUAUAUUUUGUUUAAAAGAAGAUUCUUUCUAGCAAUAAUCCAGUCAAAGUAGAAAAUGUCAUCCCUCUUUAGCCUGUUCAGACUGCAUAGGGUAUUCUGGGACAACACUUUACGAACAUACCUUAAGCCUGUACGGACUUCAUAUGGUAAUCUGGGACAACACUUUACGAACAUACCUUAAGCCUGUACGGACUGCAUAGGGUAUUCUGGGACAACACUUUAUGAACAUACCUCAAGCCCCAUCUGGGACAACAUUUUAUGAACAUACCUUAAGCCCAAUCUGGGACAACACUUUAUGAACAUACCUUAAGCCCCAUCUGGGACAACACUUUAUGAACAUACCUUAAGCCCCAUCUGGGACAGCACUUUAUGAACAUACCUUAAGCCCCAUCUGGGACAACACUUUAUGAACAUUCUUAAAGUCCAAUAUGAGACAACACUUUAUGAACAUACCUUAAGCCCCAUCUGGGACAACACUUAAUGAACAUACCUUAAGCCCCAUCUGGGACAACACUUUAUGAACAUACCUUAAGCCCCAUCUGGGACAACACUUUACGGACAUACCUUAAGCCCCAUCUGGGACAACACUUUACGGACAUACCUUAAGCCCCAUCUGGGACAACACUUUACGGACAUACCUUAAGCCCCAUCUGGGACAACACUUUACGAACAUACCUUAAGCCCCAUCUGGGACAACACUUUACGGACAUACCUUAAUUAAGCCUCAUUUUUUCCAGAUCGUUGGUCUUCACAUAUAUUUUUAGUUCACUUUUCAUUUGUUAAUUUCUCAUAUAUUCAAUGUUCAUUUCUCAUACAUUUUAUGUUCAUUUCUCAAAUAUUCAAUGUUCAUUUCUCAUAUAUUCUAUGUUCAUUUGUUAUAUACGUUAUGUUCAUUUCACAUAUAUUCCAUCUUCAUUUCUUAUAUAUUCCAUUUUCAUUUCUUAUAUAUUCCAUGUUCAUUUAUCAUAUAUUCUAUGUUAAUUUCUCAAAUAUUCUAUGUUCAUUUCUCAUAUAUGUUAUGUUUGUUUCUCUUAAUUUCCAUGUUAAUUUUUCAGUUCUUCCAUGUAGUUGCUCAUAUAUGUUAUGCUCAUUUCUAAUAUAUUCCAUGUUAAUUAUCCCUGGCCAUAGGCGGAGGAAUAUUGUUUUGGGAUUGUCCGUCCGUCCGGAGCCAUAUCUUGAAAGUGCUUUGGCGGAUUUCAUUGAAACUUGGUAUAAGUAUAUAUAUGGGUAAGAGGAUGAUGCACGCCAAAUGGCAUUGUACACCAUCUGUUAAUAACAGAGUUAUGGCCAUUUGUAUCUUGAAAAAAUGCUUUUUUGAAUGUCAAAUAUAACACUUUUGUGUCCAAAAGCACAUUUGCGGGGGAUAUCAA